AUGAAAUUAAGAAACAUAAAUUGAUGCAGGUGCACAUAUCUGUGAGUGGCAAACAACACAUGAGAAUAUCAUGGAUUACUUUGUUUCCAUCUUCACCAACUCUAUACUACGGCACAUCGCCGGGAAAGUACACUCACACUGCAAAAGCAAGCCAGAACACAUACCGCUUUCUCGACUACGACUCCGGCGAAAUACACGACGUCGUCAUCGGCCCUCUCACCCCGAAUACCUCUUACUACUACCGUUGCGGCUCCACCAACUCUCCUCCAGAAUUCUCCUUCACAACUCCCCCCUCACAAUUCCCCAUCAAAUUCGUCGUCGUAGGAGAUCUCGGCCAAACCGACUGGACGAGCUCGACGCUGGACCGCAUCGCAGAAACCAAGUACGACGUGCUGCUGCUGCCGGGGGACUUGUCGUACGCGGACAUGAACCAGCCCAAGUGGGACCGGUUCGGGAUCAUGGUGCAGCCGCUGGCGAGCCAGCGUCCGUGGAUGGUGACGCAGGGGAACCACGAGGUGGAGAGGAUCAAGCUGCUCCACCCAACCCCCUUCACCGCCUACAACGCCAGGUGGGUCAUGCCCUACGAGGAGUGCGCCUCGCCUUCCAACCUCUUCUACUCCUUCCAAGCCGCCGGCGUCCACGUCAUCAUGCUGGGCUCCUACGCCGACUUCCGCCCCGCCUCCGACCAGUACCGCUGGCUGCAGGCGGAUUUGGGGAAGGUCGACCGGAGGAGAACGCCGUGGGUGGUCGCCGCCGUGCACGCGCCGUGGUACAACUCCAACGGCGACCAUCAGCAGGAGUAUGAGUCGGUCGGGAUGAUGCAGGCCAUGGAGGACUUGCUCUUCCGGGCGCGUGUCGACGUCGUCUUUGCCGGCCAUGUCCAUGCCUACGAACGCUUCGUACGUGUGUAUAAGGACAAGCCUAAUGAGUGUGGGGCGAUGCAUAUCACAGUAGGGACGGGGGGCAAUCAUGAAGGCCUUGCUUCAUGGUUUAUGGAUCCACAGCCAAAGAUAUCUGCUUUUCGGGAGGCAAAUUAUGGGCAUGGACAAUUUAGUGUAGUGAAUGCGAGCCAUGCUGUUUGGACGUGGCACAAAAACGACGACGGUUUAGGUGUUGCAUCUGACACAGUCUGGAUAAGAAGCCUAGCAUCUAUUCCAGCAUGUGCGAAGCUCUCAUUUUUCAACUUCAAAUUCAUCCAUAUGUAACUUAUUUGAAUUACAUGAUCUAAUUUUGCUUGUCUGGUCUGAAAUAAAUUUUGUACGAGGACAAUUCCGUAAAUAUGCAGG